GAAGUUUUGUAAGCCUUCUUUUCAAAGCCGUCAAAUGAAUAGUGCAGCUAUCAUAUAAAUAGUACAACGACCAUAUGAAUAGUACAACCCCUAUGUUGGACUUUGAAUAUUAAAAAUGACUUUACAAUUCAACACAAAAAAUAAAUAAAUAAACCCCGGAAAAAAAUUUCAUGAGACCUUCAACUUCUCGUAAAAAAUUAAAAAUGAUAAUACAGGUCAACCAGGUCGUCGGAGCUGCAUGUUUUCCAGAUCACAUAUUCUUUUCAUCAAUCUUGCUUUCUGCUUUUACUAUAUUUUUUUACCUGUUAUUUUGUUUUCACCUGCCAACUUGAAAAAGAAUAUGUGAUCCGAAAACAUCCGACGACCUGGUUGAUCGGUCUUUUCAUUUUUAAUUUUUUUAUAAAGAAGUUGAAGGUUCCACUAAAUUUACUUCCGGCUUCUGGGUUUUAUUUAUUUAUUUAUUUUCCCUCUCUUCUAACCAAUACAUUCAUCCAAAUUCUCAUACCAGCUUUAACCAGAAAGUCAUGGACGGUGCAUCCAAACCAAAGCUUGUUUUGUUUUUUUAAUUUUGAAAAAAUUUGAGAAACCACCGCCGCUGAGCGAAGGAAGGAAAUUCUUUCCCAUCAUGAUGAUGCCGUUGCAUGCCAAUCAUUUCACGCUGCUUACUGUCUUCACCUUGUGCAUGUUCUUCAUCCGUUCAUCUCUUUUAUACUGCUCUGCUAGAGAUUCCAUAACACGAGAUGAUCCAAUGCGCGACGGGGAAACGCCACUUGUUUCAGCCUGUAAAAAUUUUGAACUGGGAUUUUUCACCCCUCCAGGGAACUCCAGUCACAGCCGGUAUGUGGGCAUAUGGUAUUACGGGUCGACACCCCCAUUUGUAGUAUGGGUUGCCAACAGAGAUAACCCUUUCUAUCAUUCCUCUGGAGUUCUUGCCAUAGAUACUGAAGAUGGGAACCUCAAAUUACAGGAUAGAGAGGGGAAUACUUCCCAUCCUAUUUCUACAUCGCCUGGACCUUCUUCAUCCUCACGCAGAAAGGCGAAACUCAUGGAUUCUGGGAACUUGGUUUUGAUUGAAGAAGACGAUAAGGGUGACUUGAUGACCAAUAAAACUCUGUGGCAGAGUUUUGAGCACCCAACAGACACGUUUCUUCCCGGCAUGAGAAUAGAUCAAAAUAUGACAUUGGUUUCAUGGAAGAGUGUGGACGACCCGGGGACUGGAAGCUUUUGUUUCAAGCUAUAUCAAGUGGACGAGCCUGGUUUCGAGUCCACCCAGUACAUCAUCCUCAAAAAUAGGACUCGUUAUUGGAAGAGUGGUGUCACAAUUAUUGCAUCUAAGGAUUACAUGCUGAAUGCAGUAGGUAAGCUUCUAAACAACUCUACCCAAACCAGAGUGCUCUCCAACACUCAAUACAAUUUCACACACUUGAAGCCCUUAUACAACAAUAAUGCGACACUGGUGAUAAGAUCCUCCGGGGAAAUACAGUAUUUAACGCGGUAUUCUAGUGGGAAAUGGUAUAUGAUUUGGUCAGAGCCAAGAGACCGAUGCAGCACGCUAUAUCCGUGCGGAAGGUUCCGCAGCUGCAGCGUUAACUAUGGAUUGAUGAUGUGUAAGUGUUUGCCUGGGUUCCAGCCAGCACAGCCACAGGAUUGGUAUUCGAGAGAAUAUUCAGAUGGGUGCAGAAGAAAGUCGGAGUUAUGCGGCGGAAAGGGUGGGAUGAAUUACACAUUCUUGAACUUGAAGAUGAUGGACGUUGGACAUCCAGACGAUAAUCCUCGGGUUUUCAGUGAGAAGGAAUGUAGAGAACAGUGCCUUAAAAAUUGCCAAUGCGUUGCUUAUUCGUAUGAUAAGAAGACAGUCAAUCAGCGAGGCGGCAACAACGCAUGCUCGACUUGGUUCGGUGAUCUCAAUAAUCUUCAGGAGAACAUCCCUGGCGGCCUCAACCUCUCCGUCAAGAUAGCAGUUUCUGAUACAGAAUCUAUAAGAAGGAAUUGCAACCCUUGUGGCACAAACAUGAUUCCCUAUCCCUUGAGCACUGCACAGAGCUGCGGUGACUCGGCGUAUCGCAGUUUCAGCUGCGAUGAUUCCACAGGCCAGGUUAGCUUCCAGGCAUCGACAGGCACACAUCAGGUCAUUGGCAUCAACCCAGAGGCAAAAAGUUUUGCUAUCCUGGUAAGAGUGACGGGCAUUAAUUGUGCCAUAGGUAACGUUUUGCAGCUCAACCAGUCCUCGCCGUUUUUUGUGAGAAAUAACAGUGGCUUAGCCAAAACUAACUGCACAGAUUUGCCAUUUAACAAAGGAGAUAAUGCAUUAGUAGAGAUUGGAUGGAAGCCACCGGUACUAGAGCCAAGCUGUGCUUCAUCUGCAGACUGCAAGGAUUGGCCGAAUUCAACUUGCAAUUUUACGAGGCAAGGUAGCACCAAAAGGUGUAUCUGCAAUGCGAAAAUUCCCUGGAAUGGCUCAAUUCUAAAUUGUUCCCGAGUCUCAGGAAUAAUAAAAUCUCGAAAGAAAAAGUUCUCAUUUCCUUUGAUAAUUGUAAUGACUUCUACAAUUUUAGUGGCUUUGGUUGCUCUAUCAUGCACAAUAGUUCAUAAGCCUUAUUUAUGGAGAAGAUCAAGGACGAACACAAGGCAAGAAGUAAGAGCAGGGGCUCUUGGAAAUCCCACACUACGCUUGUUUGAUAGUGAAACAAUCAAAGGCUUGAUGGACUCUGGUCAUUUAAAGAAAGAUGACAAAAAUGACAUAGAUGUCCCAUUUUUUCAUUUUAAGAGCAUAUUGGAUGCAAAAGAUAACUUUUCAGAUGCAAAUAAACUUGGACAAGGGGGGUUUGGUCCUGUUUACAAGGGUAAGUUUCCUGGAGGACAUGAAAUUGCUGUGAAAAGGCUUUCUAGUGCUUCAGGACAAGGCUUAAGGGAAUUUAUGAAUGAGGUUGUGUUGAUUGCGAAACUGCAACAUCGUAAUCUUGUUAGACUUUUGGGCUAUUGCAUCAAAGGUGGUGAAAAGAUUUUGCUCUACGAGCAUAUGCCAAACAAAAGCUUGGACACCUUCAUAUUUGACCAAAGCUUGUGCUUAACGUUGAAGUGGGAGAAACGCUUUGAAAUCAUUUUAGGAAUUGCUCGAGGGCUUCUUUAUCUUCAUCAGGAUUCUAGGUUGAGAAUUAUACACAGGGAUCUAAAAACAAGCAACAUUCUACUAGAUGAAGAGAUGAACCCAAAAAUUUCAGACUUUGGCCUUGCAAGGAUCUUUGGGGGCAAGCAAACAGAGGCAAACACCAACAGAGUAGUUGGAACCUACGGUUACAUGUCCCCAGAGUAUGCAUUGGAUGGGAUUUUCUCAAUCAAGUCAGAUGUCUUUAGUUUUGGUGUUGUACUACUUGAGAUCAUCAGUGGUAGAAAGAACACAGGAUUUUAUCAGUCACAACAAGCAUUGAGCCUUUUAGGCUAUGCAUGGAGAUUAUGGAUAGAAGAGAGGGCAUUGGAUUUGGUUGAUCAAGUACUUAGACAAUCAUGUGAUAUAAGUUCGGUUUUAAAGUGCAUAAAUGUUGGAUUGAUAUGCGUACAAGAAGAUCCAAGUGACCGCCCCACCAUGUCAGAUGUGAUUGUCAUGCUUGGCGGUGAAACAAUCACUCUGCCAACUCCAAAACAACCAGCUUUUAUUGUUAGGAGAGGUUUUUCUAAUGCUAGUUGUUCUUCUAGUAAACCACAGCAUAGCGUGAACAAAGAGCUAACGGUCACUAAAGAAGAAGGUCGAUAAAAGGAUGAUUCUCACGAAUCAAAUAUUGAGCUUUGCAAGAUGGGCUUGCCUUUGUUUGUUUACUUUAACAUUAAUAUUCUUCUUAAGUAAUUGUACAACUUUGAUUACUAAUUUUUAGUCCUAGUUGUAUGUAAUUUGCACCUGUUGUAUUUAGUCUUAUUUAAUACACAUAUUUUUUUUAUCAGAAAAUUAUAAUUAAUACACAUAAUUAAUUGCAC